CAUACGCAAGCCGUAGAAAAUUUCCCGGGAGUUUAAAAAUGGCGGCCCGCAAUCGAGAUUGUGGUGUGUCAAUGCACAAGGAAAAAACUGAUGAUUACGAGGAGACAGAGGAUGAUGAAACAGCAGAGGACAACAGCGACGUACCAGUGGUCCUUCAGUGUAAGAACUGUAAUAGCAUAGUCGGAGAUUCUAUGGCCUGGGUUUGCGCAAAUGAUGAUUUGAAGACCGUCACUUUGCACAGUAUAACCAGCGCAGUAACACCAGGGAAAAAGCUGAUGACAUCAACAUCAGAAGGAAUUGACCUGGGAAGCACAUACAUUCAUCUGCUGUGUAAACAAUGCAAUGAGGUAGUUGGGAAGAUCUAUAAGACAACAUCCAGACAACUAGACAGUCUGCGUGAUCUCUAUACAUUGUCCAUUCAUCACAUUACCAGUUACCAGGUUGGUUCCAGAGGGCAGAGAGCUGAUGUUGGGCUGCAAGAAACUCUUGAUCUGCCAACAGCAAAAUCACUGAAAGAUUCCAUUUUAAAAAUUCAAGUGAUGAUCUGUGCAUUGAAUAAUCGCAUCUUGAACAUUGAGAAUGCUUUGGAACUCAAGGAGGAUGCUGAUGAUCAGGCUGACAACACAGCCCCAGAAGGAUUCUACAACACCACAGAUGCUGUGAAUGAUCACACUAAAACUAAGAACCUAUUAGCCAGCCAACAAGAUAAGACUGCUACUGGACACAGUGAAAGCAGCAUGCCAGAUAGAGACAUCUCAGGGAUGACACAGUCAGGCAGGCAAUACACUGCUGGCAAACGCUCUAAGGAAACUACUUCACACACAGGCUCUCAGGGAAAUAAACGAUCUCGAUUCAAGUGAUACACAAGAGUUUGAGAUAUUGAUAUACUGUCAAACUUCAUCUUUAUGUUUACAAGUCUAAAUCAAUGCCUAAUAAGCCUCUGUACUGAUGAUGUCACUUUUUGUUUACAUGUGCGCUUCUCUAUGGGGCUACAAAACCAUUGUCCCCACCCACAGAAAAGCACAUGUGUAAACAAUGUGCGACAUCAUCAGUACAGAUGCUUAUUGAUUGAAAUAUUCUGGACUUAUGGGCUAAGUGUGGGUCCUGGUUUAGAAAAUCAUUGGUUCGUGGCCCCUGUUAUCUCAGGCCGAAAGUUGGAAUUGUAGUCCGGUCAAUUUAAGUUAAGACCUAGAACAAAUUGCAAUAGAAACCAUUCAAGCGUCAAACGACUUUAAAGGUAUAGUCCAUCAUUUGUAUUUUGUUUGUUUGAGGCAACAAAAGAAGGGUGCUGAACAACUAACCCUUAGAAGUUUCAGCUCAGCUUCAGCUGUAUAUUUUGAGAUAAACAGC